GGGUUCACAUUUAAACACGAGCGGGAAAGCCCAAAAGUACUUGCUUUAAGAGACCCAGGAGGGUUGAGUCACAUAUAUCCCAAUCCGGAGCGAAGUUGUUUUAAACAGAAACCAUGGUGAGGACGAAAGCGGACAGCGUGCCUGGAGCCUACAGGAAAGCUGUUGCUGCUUCUGCACCGAGGAAGUCCCUCGGUGCCUCCAGUUCCCCCAACGCUGGGAGCAGUUCCCAAUCGGGAACCCCAGCUAAGAAUAAGUAUGCUGGUGGCAACCCGGUCUGCCCUCGUCCUACUCCGACCUGGCAGAAGGGAAUUGGCGAUUUCUUCGGUGGGCCAGGCAGGAAGCCGGAGAAGGAGAAUCAGCUUCCUGAGCUGGAUGAUGAAGAGGCUGGGGGCAGUGGUGUCUCUAAAGUGCCCAGAAGAUCCCGGCCUUUACAGGAUGAUGAAGAAGACGAUGACUGAUGUGUUUUUAUGAUUAACAAAAGCCAUGGUGAUCAAUACUUGAAAGGUAGAUUUUUAGUUGUGUACAUCUUUGUAUAUAAUUGUUUUUUGUACAGAAGUUUUUUUUUAAAUAAAGGUACUUUGUUAUCUCA